AAAUAUUGAAUAUACACUUAAGAAAACUAGUUAUCUAGGUAACAUAAUAAACUAACCAUGUUUGUGGCAAACGUAUUUUUAACAUUAAUGUUAACCAUCGCCGGUAUUAACGCCGCGCCUAAAGUCACUAUUGAUGUUAACUUUGAAUACUUUUGCAUUGAUUGCAAAGUGUUUAUUGGCGAUCAAUUAUACCCGACGUAUAAAACUCUGGGUGAUAUAUUCGAGUAUAAAUUGAACACGUUCAGUUACGGCCGGUUUAACAAAACCACCAAGCCCGAUGGCACGUUUGAUCUAGAGUUUAAAAAUGCCACUCAGGUGGCUGGCACUUUAAUUCAGUCAUGUGCUAUGGAGAUAAUGCCCCAGGAUCAGUCGCUGGCUCUUUUAGCAUGCAUGUUUAAAUCUGCUCAAUACGAUAACGCCGACGUCGCCGGAAAGCAGUGUGCAAACGAGUUGAACCUAAAAUGGGAGGCCAUAGAGGAGUGCGCAAAGGGGCCGUUGGGUAGGGGUCUGUAUUUGCGUGGCCUCGAGCACAUGGAAGCCGUUAAACCGAAAAUCACCUGGUUCCCCUGGAUUAUUGUCAAUGGC